UCGGAGGACGCACGGCUCUCGACCUUCGCCUCUCCCGAGUCCGUACGGGAGUUGCAGCGAUGAGGCCAAUUGGAUACCACGAAUUUGUGGAGAAAAAGGGGUAAAUAAAUAAAGUGUAUUAGGCUAUUCCACCACGUUCCCAACGUUCCCAAAGUGAAGGCGGUUUGAGAUCUAGCUAUGUUGUUGCUCCUCUCCUAUUUGUCUUCAACAUUUAUUUUCUCUAUACUACAAAAGUAUGCAAUUUAAAGUGUUGAAUUCAAAACUUUUGCAUGACUAAAUAUAGGCCUUGAUAUUUGCAUGGUGACUUCUAAAGUCAUAAUAACAAAAAUAAACAAACGUUCUUACUUCCUCUAACAUCAUUGUCUCCUUCAGGAAGAAACACAUGACUCAAUACAAAUAGAUGGCUAGGUGUCUGGAAGCCUGUAUAGAAAUCAAUGCCAUGGCCCAGCCUUCAUAGACCUGUCUGUGGGUGGGCUUUGGCUGACCCCUCUAGCAGCAGCAGGGCCAUUUUACUUGGACAAGUUACGCUGUGCUUGUUCAGAGUUGAUCCACUGUGGAGACUGAAUAGGCAUGAGGAGCUAAUCAAGGCCUGCAUGGACAAAGGCCCUCAGAUGACUCUAUAAUGCAACACAGCAGCAUCAGUAUUACCAGCAGAGUAACAAAGUAUCAACUCUCUGCUACACAAUAAUAUUAACUGGGAAUGGCCCAAGAGGGAGUAAAUAUUUGUUUGCCCACAUAUUCAGUGAUAGCUGUCUAAUGGUUACUAUGGGGACACACUGGUUGAAUCAACAUUGUUUCCACGUCAUUUCAAUGUAAUUAUGUUGAACCAACGUGGAAUAGUCGUUGGAAUUGACUUCUGCCCAGUGGGUGGUAGGUGUAGUUUCUUAUCUAUAUGAAGAAUAGGUUAUUAUUGUUAUAGAAGCAUUGCCAAGUGACAUGAUUAAUGCUAAUAUUUUUCCAGGACAAUUUUGGAAAUGUGCAAUAAUGCAUUUAUUUUCUGUCGCUGAUAUUUCCUGAAGAGAUGAAAGAUGAACUUGACCGGUUGACCAAUGAGAUCAUAAGCUAAAAUGGAAGUUUAUCACCACCACCACGUACAGUACAUUUUUAAAAUGAUUUUUGUUGUCAUUUUGUCAUUAUUAUGACAGGAUCAAAUGCCUAUCCCGAAUGCUGCUCGCUAGAUUUAGAAAGGUAGAUGUGGGGGAUUUGUCUGAGGUGUUAUUAUAGCUACUGUAAUCACUGUUCUUUCUGUUCUCUGCAGCUAUGAAGCAGAGCCUGCCCAAGGAUGAUGUUUCUAACAGGGCCUCAGUUGAUUUCCGCAUUCAGAAAACCCAGCACACAGUGCUCUCCAGGAAGUUUGUGGAUGUCAUGACUCAGUACAACGAGACUCAAGUGUCGUUUAGGGAGAGAAGCAAUUGAAGGAUCCAGAGACAGCUGGAGAUAACUGGGAGAGUGACUAGCAAUGAGGAACUGGAGGACAUGCUGGAGAGUGGAAACUCAUCAAUUUUUACAUCUGAUAUUAUUUUGGACUCUCAGAUCACGCGGCAGGCCUUGAAUGAGAUUGAGUCACGGCACCAGGAUAUCAUCCGCCUGGAGUCCAGCAUCAGGGAGCUCCAUGCCAUGUUCAUGGACAUGGCCAUGCUGGUGGAGAAUCAGGGGGAUAUGGUCAACAACAUAGAGAAGAAUGUCUCCAACGCAGCUGAAUACAUAGGCCGUGCCAAAGAGGAGACCAAAAAAGCUGUGAGAUACUAGAAAAAAAUCCCAGAGGUUGAGAAAGGAAGUUGUGCCCCUCCACUUCCCAGAUGUAGCGCCCCAGUGUCCGCGGGGGGAUAGACUACAUCUUCUAGAGGACAACAAUAGAGCCCUGAAACUGAAGCCUGGGGCUUUCAACCAACACAAGCUAC